AUGCUUAUCCUGCAAGGUUCUCGACAGACCAAAGGUCACUUGCUUUUCUUCCUUCUCAUUCCUUUCAUAAUGGCUCCUCGACACAACGUCCUGCUUUUCCUCUGCAUUUUACCAUUUGCUAAUGCACUCUACAAGCAAUGGAUUCCAGACACUAAUUUUGAAAACGCGACCAACUGGGAUAAAGGCUCUGUACCCUGCGGUAAUGACCAAGUGGUGUUUUUAGCUCAGAGGAAAGUAUCAGUGUAUGUAGAAACGGCUCACACUAUCACUGCAAUGAGUUUGCCAGUGGACGGACAACUGAUUCUGGCGUCUGGUGCGGGGUUUUCUGUGAGAGAGGGUGGAGAUCCUGGUUGUGGAUCUGGGGUCACGGCACAGUUCAAAGACCCUGAAUCUCUGAAAUGGUUCGACCCAUCGCUGUGGGUGGCUGCGACCACUAUCGACGACCUGCACAGAGGUACAUAUCAGUUUUCCGUCCAUGAGGAGAGUGUCCCAUGCCAGUAUGAUGACGUUGUAUUUCGAGAGGCCACCUCAUUCCGUGUGGACGUUUCAUGUGAUCAUGAUGUGCCUGUGAAGAGUGUGUCUGUACUUGGGAAAAAGUUCACCAGCAGCUCUGAGUUUUCUCAGUACUUGUCAUCCAGUUCAGGCAAGCUGCAGUUCCAUGGCUCCUCAUCCCUUAGCGUUGGCGGUUCAGGCUGCAGCGAUAUCACGGGAUGCAUCUGCGAUAACUCUAAAAAUCAUGACGUGAUCUGUGCAAAUGUGAAAUGCGAUCCGUUGGAGUGCAAGAAACCCCUGCACCCAGUGGGACAUUGCUGCGAUGUUUGUGGCGCCGUUGUGAACGUUCAGUUCUCUUCGAACUUCAACUUUGAGUCGUAUCGUCAACGGCUGCAGCACCUCUUUCUUAGCCUACCUAAAUAUGAGUCUCUACUGAUGGCCAUGUCGAAAGUGUCAAAAGAGCAGAGGCUACUGGGAGCGAUUCCUUUUGGAGCCACUCAGGAGAUCCAAGUGCUGCUUCUGGACCAGAAAACGGAUCAGGAAGCCGGGAAGCUGGCUGAAGCUCUUGCUCGUGACAUAAUGAAGGACGUGCACGACCAUGGCUCAAACAUUGGGAUCAACAGUGCAGAGUUCCAGGCAUCAUCGGGGGCAAGCAGCAGUGAAGUAGCUGGAAACAGUGCGGGCGUAGUGGUCGGUGCAGUGCUGGGCUCCCUGAUUGGAGUGGGUUUACUUGCAGGCGUUACUCUCCUCUAUCGGCGUGGCAUUGUUAAGAUACCCAGGAUGCCUAGUUUCCCCUCAAUCAGCAUAUGGAAGAACAAUAGCGAAAUUGGGGAGCUGGGUGGCCCCUUGGACCAUGGCUAUGACAACCCAAUGUUUGACAAGCCGACUAUGAUGCCAGAAGUACCGGGGCUGUACGGGACAGAGACAAUGAACUCAAUAACCCUAACCCAGUCAGGAGUGCAUUUCGUAAAUCCUGUUUAUGAUGAAACUGAUUUUAAUGCUUGACAGGUUUCAGCUGAUCUGAUGCUGGAUGUGAUGACAAAAUAACCUGAAUGUGACAACUUCUUAAAGAUAUGGCUUUUUAACAGUCACUGAUGUUUAAAUCUGCAGAAAUGAAUCAGUAAAUAAAAAAAAGUACGCGCUUGUGGUAAAAAAAAAAAAAAAAAAAGUAUUUUGUUAUGGAAAAUUCACACAUGCUAAAUUUUCUGUACUUUCAUACCACACAAUUGUAUUUCUCUUGAUAAAAAAUAAAAGCAUGAUUAUCUGA